UAUAUUGGGGUGUCCAACUUUUUCACUGUCACACUUUCUCACUUCUGGGUUAGUUUGGACAGCAUCCAGUGCAACAUGUCUCAGUACUCUGGAAAGAUAGUAUUUUACGAAGGCAAAUGCUUCACUGGUCGGAAGCUGGAAGUCUAUGGAGACUGUGACAACUUCCAGGACCGGGGAUUCAUGAACCGGGUGAACUCUGUCCGUGUGGAGAGUGGGGCCUGGAUCUGCUAUGACCACCCAGAUUUCCGAGGACAGCAAUAUAUCCUGGAACGUGGAGAGUACCCAGAAUUUCAGCGCUGGAAUUCUCACAAUGACCACAUGGGCUCUUGCAGGCCUGUGAGGAUGCACGGGGAGCACUACAGAAUCGAGCUGUUCGAGGGCUGUAACUUCACCGGGCAGUGCAUGGAGUUCUGCGACGACUGCCCAUUCCUGCAGGGCCGUGGCUGGAACAAGAACUGUGUCAAUGCCAUUAAGGUUUACGGGGAUGGAGCCUGGGUAAUGUAUGAAGAGCCAAACUACCGUGGGCGCAUGUACAUCGUGGAGAGAGGAGAUUUCCGCACUCACAAUGAGUGGCAGGGACACAGCGCUAACAUCCAGUCCAUCAGACGGGUGGUCAACUACUUUUAAAUCCUGUGAUGAGUCAGACUGUAUCACUUUUACCUCUGCCUAGUGAAGCUAUAAAAUAAAAUACACACAAAAAAAAACA